AGUUCUAGUAUGCUCUAGUCAGGCCAGCUCAACCACUGAAUGCGUUUGUCUCACAGUAGGACCCCAGAACAUGGACCCUCUGACGAAGUUCCCCUUCAUGGAGGAUGAGGGGCUCACCAUGAAGAGGACAGGGCCUCUCCAAGACCCUGACUCAGACGUGUAUGCCAAGUUCUUCAUGAGUCACUGCUGCUACGAUGCCAUUCCAACAAGCUCCAAACUGGUCAUCUUUGACACAACACUGCAGGUGAAGAAAGCAUUCUUUGCACUGGUUGCAAACGGGGUCAGAGCGGCACCUUUAUGGGACAACAAGCUGCAGUGUUUUGUAGGGAUGCUCACCAUUACAGACUUUAUCAACAUUCUCCAUCGUUACUACAGAUCUCCCCUGGUUCAGAUCUAUGAGCUGGAGGAACACAAGAUUGAAACAUGGAGAGAGGUUUAUCUACAGUAUUCUCUCAACUCCCUGAUCAGCAUCACACCUGACUCCAGCCUCUUCGAAGCCAUUUAUUCCUUACUGAAGAACAAGAUUCACCGGCUACCCGUCAUAGAUCCAGAGUCAGGGAACGUCCUCCACAUACUCACCCAUAAACGCAUCCUCAAGUUCUUACACAUCUUUGGCUCUAUGAUCCCCAAGCCACCAUUCUUACAGAAGCGGAUUGAGGAAGUGAAGAUUGGAACAUUCAGGAGCAUCGCAACUGUCAGGGAGACGGAAACCGUUUAUGAGGCUUUAUCAGUAUUUGUAGAGCGACGGGUCUCAGCCCUGCCUGUUGUCAAUGAACAAGGGAAAGUGGUGGCACUUUACUCCAGAUUUGAUGUCAUUAAUUUGGCUGCACAGCAAAACUACAACAACCUGAACAUGACGAUGCAGGAGGCCAUUCAAAACCGUCCGUGCUGCAUUGAGGGGGUGCUGAAGUGUUACCCUCACGAAACCCUCGAAACCAUCAUCGAUCGUAUUGCUGAGGCAGAGGUUCACAGUCUAGUGCUAGUGGACACCGAGGAUGUGGUGAGGGAAAUCGUCUCGCUGUCUGAUUUGCUUCAGGCACUGGUCUUGACUCCUGCAGGCGUUGAAGCACUUUUCUCUUAACACCAGUGGAGGGCUCCCUCUCCACCAUCAUCUUCAUUUCAUAUCCUCUCAUACCAGGUAGACAGACUUCUUUUGUGCUCGUUGCUGACUGCUGUCAGCAGAGGUGGUGUUUUUCUCUUUCUUGAUCUCUCAAAUAAACCAUCCCUCCAUUACACAAGGUGUCACUUGGGCGGCACCCUUUCAAAAGGUACAUCUUUGUGCCGUUUUUAUAACUUUUAUAGGAAUAUUAGUGCCUAUAGUUAACAGUUUUGCAUAUUAGUACCGGUACAGUAUGUUAGAUAUUAGUACUGCCCCAGAGACAGCCUGUGUACCCUUUUUUUCAGCUUGUAUCUGUUAUGUCACUGAACGGAAAGUACAUUAUAAUGUCAUUAUAAGGUUUGCUCUGGAGUACAUGGGCUGUUUAAGUUUUUGGAGAAAACUUUCAGACCCCCUGCAAAUAUUU